AUGGGUUUUGACACUCUUUUGUUGGAUAUUGAAGGUACCGUGUGUCCUAUAUCUUUUGUUAAGGACGUCUUGUUCCCACACUUUGCGGCUGAAGUACCAGCCAUAGUUCAAUCUACUGAUGCCACUAUAGUUGAGAUCUUGUCCAAUUUCCAAAUCAAUGAUCCAGUGAAAUUGCAACAGCAUAUAUUGGACUUAGUCGCACGCGAUGUCAAGGAUGCCACCUUGAAACAACUUCAAGGCCACGUUUGGGCGACGGGUUACCAGAGUGGCCAAAUCAAAGCACCAGUUUACAAAGAUGCCAUUGAUUUGAUCAAGAGAAAGAGCAAAAUAUUUAUAUAUUCAAGUGGGUCUGUGAAGGCACAGAAAUUAUUGUUUGAAUUUGUAGCGGAUCCUUCUGAUUAUACGAAGUCAAUCGAUUUGAGACCAUUUAUUCAUGGCUACUUCGAUAUUAAUACUUCAGGUAAAAAAAUUGAAGAACAAUCGUACAAGAAUAUUCUUGAAUCGAUUGAAAUGACACAAAAUCCAGAACAAGUCUUAUUUUUAAGCGAUAAUCCUCUUGAAUUGGAUGCUGCAAAAAAAGCAGGAUUGACAGUCGGUUUGGCUAUACGAGAAGGCAACGCAAUUGUUGAUAAUAAAUCAGACUAUGAAAAUUAUUUAGAUUUUUCACAAUUAUAA